AUGAUGACGAGUGAAGAGGGCGGCUUCGCCAAGAUGGGCGUGAAAUCGGACUCCUCCGGAAAGGAUCAAUCAUCAGGGGGCGGUGGAAGUGAUGAUAACAAUAGCAGCACCCUGACGGAGCAAACAAUGAGUGCCGGCAGUGGCAUACAUCAUCCGCCGCCGCUUCCCAACGGGCCUCCGAUCGCAGCAGGCGACAGCGAAACGGGAAGCUUUUAUGACCCAAAAACAACGGAUCUGGGCUCACCGGCAGAGGCAGGCGUCAAUAAUCAUCUGGAGGACCAGGAUGGGCUCGGUCCACUGCCGCAGAAAUGGGAAAAAGCGUACACCGACAGCGGCGAGGUGUACUUUAUCGAUCACAACACCGGCACCUCACACUGGCUCGAUCCUCGGUUGUCGAAGUUUCAGAAGAAAUCGCUAGAGGACUGUCAGGACGACGAGCUGCCGUACGGGUGGGAAAAGAUUUGCGACCCGCACUACGGGACCUACUACAUCGACCACGUGAACCGCAAAACGCAGUACGAAAAUCCGGUCCUGCAGGCGAAAAGAAUGCAGGAACGGGGCUCUGGCACAGGCUCCGGCGGCGGUGGCCCCCUGCUGGACGGUGGCAAUGGGCUACCGAUGGACGGUGGCCAUGGUUUACCGGGCGGUCCUCCCGGUCAGGGGCGGGUGAACUAUUUCACCAAGAACCCGGCGCACUUGCGCGGCGAACGGUUGAUGACGACACUGGUCAAAUCGACCCGCGGCCUCGGCUUCACGAUCGUUGGCGGUGACGAUAGUGUGGAGGAGUUUUUGCAGAUCAAAUCGAUCGUCCCGAAUGGGCCCGCCUGGCUCGACGGGCGGCUCAAGAUGGGGGACGUGCUGGUGUACGUGAAUGAUAUCUGUGUUCUCGGCUUCACGCACCACGAAAUGGUGAACAUCUUCCAGUCGAUCCUGCCCGGCGAAGAGGUGCACCUGGAUGUGUGCCGCGGUUACCAGCUACCGUUCGAUCCGAACGACCCGAACACGGAAGUGGUCACGACGAUCGCCGUCGAUGGGCUGGCAAACGGUGGGGCCGUCACGGACACGGAUUUGAAGUUUCUCGAAAACGGUGGCUUUCUCGAUCCGUCCGCCGGCGGUCACCGGCCCGGCAACGACCCGGAGAUGACGGUUCAGCAUAAGAAUCCGCUCGCGAAAAUCCAUUCUAUGCCCGGCGGCGGUGGUGGCCAUGGCACCGGUGGCGGCGGGCCAACCGUGGUUCCCUCGAACGGGGGCGAUGUGUAUUUUAAUGACACACUGUCCUACCAGCAGCAUUACAAGGGCAAGGCAGCGUUCGAGAUGCCGGAAAUCUUGCACAUCAACAUCGUAAAAAGUGAUAACGGGUUCGGGUUCACCAUCACGGACAGCUCGUACGGGCAGCGGGUCAAGAAGAUACUGGACAGACAGGGCUGCAAAAAUCUGCAGGAAGGCGAUGUGCUGCUGAGCAUCAACUCGAUCUCGGUGAAGGACAUGACGCACAACGAGGUGGUGCAGGUGCUGAAGGAUUGCCCGAAAAACAUCGAAACCACGCUGAAGGUGCAACGUGGUCCGGGCGGUCUGUUGGUGGGCGGCAGCGCGGGGGUGGCGCCGCCAACGUCGGCACCCGCCACCGUCCCGGGCGGGAGCAAGCUGUCGAACAAGCUGAGGAAAAGUAUCGAAAUGGCCAAGUUUGGUGGCGGUGGCCCGGGCGCGGGUUUGAUGAAGAAAGAUGGAAGCGGCGGCGGCGGCGGGAUGGCGGGGAACAGUUUGUUUCGCAGCAAAACCCCGACGGCCGACCUGUACAGUACGCAGACGAAGGAAAUCUUGCCGACGCGACCGAAGACACCGCUGGUUGAUACGCGCGCCCGAGCCAAAACGCCCUCCCUGCCGCUGGCCUCGGGAUCGGAUCUGAACACGGACGAAAUCGAACUCGAUGUUGGUGGUGGCGGCGGUAAGGUUGGUGUGACGCUGACCGACGGUAAAAUGGCGGACCUUACGCAUAAACUAAACGGUGGCAGUUCGCAUGAUAACGACUCGAUCGCCAACGAUAUUGGAAUGUACCACGGCGAGGACCAGAUGUAUCAUAUGAACGCACUUAUGAAACACUCCAAUCUGGCCGACCGGCUCGGGGAGCUGACGAUUAGCAGCUCCAAUGCGAGCGAUACCGCGCUCUAUCACAACCACCAGCCACAGUACCAUCAUCAUCAGCAGCAGCAGGGAGGACCGUAUCACCAUCCGAGCGUCGGCGGCUACAAUCAGCUCUAUUCGCCACCGCUCGUACCACCACCGCCAGUUCCGCCGCUGGGUCAGGCGCCCUACCAUCAUGAGAAUUGCUUCUGCUACGAGUGCCAAGACUAUCAGCGACAGCAACUGCAACAGCAACAACACCAGCAGCAACAGCAACAGCAGCAGCAGCAGCAUCGCCAGCAGCAACACCUUCAACAGCUGCACCAUCAGCAGCAGCAGCAGCAACAAAAUCAUCUGCUGAAUCGGCAGCACCUCCAGUCAGCUGCCAGCGUCGGAAUGCAUCAUCUCAGUGGCCCAUCGCCUCACCAACAGCAGCAGCAGCAUCAGCAGCAGCAGCAACACCGGCAACAACAGCACCAUGUCCCGUACAAUCUGCCGCCUCAAAUGAGCGACAACAUCGGCAAACGGUUGAAUGAGUAUCUGAUGGAUCGGAAACGAUCGCAGCACCAGCAGCAGCAACAGCCCGGUCAGGGCCCACCGGUACCCGUUCCGCAGUACGACAAUUUGUACCAUCCGCAGCAUCAUCUUCCGCAUCAGCCCCAGCACCAUCAUGUUCCGAUGUACGAUCCGCUGCAGCAGCAACCGUCGCCAUCGUCGUCAGCGGCGAUGGUCGGCCACCACCAGCAGCAGCAACAAGCGUACUACGGUGGUGGCAAUCACCAAGCGUUACAAGCGCCCAACGGCAACUGGAUGAUGGGUGGUGGUGGCGGACAGCAACAACAACAACCGCAACAACUUUCGCCAUCGCAGCACCACAUCUACGGCGGGGGGAACUAUCCCGUCGCCCUGUCGGCUCCGUCGGCGAUGGAUGAGUACGCGUUGACGGAGGUAACGUUGGAGCGGCAGGCCCUUGGGUUUGGGUUUCGCAUCGUCGGUGGCACCGAAGAGGGCUCGCAGGUGACGGUCGGACACAUCGUGCCGGGUGGGGCCGCCGACAAGGAUACGCGGAUAGCGACGGGCGAUGAGAUACUCAACAUAAAUGGCGUGAAUGUGGAGAACGCAUCGCACCAUCGUGUCGUGCAGUUGAUGGGUGAAGCCGGCUUGCGCGGCCAGGUGACGAUGAUUCUGCGUCGGCGUCAGCUUUCGAAGCCACCACCGCCACCGCCUAACCCGCGCUACCCGUACACGGUGCUGGUGACACGGAAGGAGAACGAGGGUUUCGGCUUUGUGAUCAUCUCGUCGUCCGGCCAGUUUCUCGGCUCGUCCAUCGGCGAUCUGAUUCCGGGCAGUCCGGCCGAACGGUGCGGUGAGCUGAAGAUCGGUGAUCGUAUCAUUGCGGUGAACUCGAUCGACAUCACGGGCAUGAGCCACAGUGACGUGGUGAACCUGAUCAAGGAGUCGGGUCUGCAGGUGAAGCUCACGAUCGAUAGCCCUCGCGAUGGCAUCAUGCACCCGGCUAUCGGUUCGCUUAUUCAACCGAGCGUUCCAACCGGGACUGGACAAUCACAACACCCCGGUGUUGGUGGUGGGCCGGUGAAUGGGGGAGGUCCGCCCCUUCCUCCGGGUCCGAUGCUUAGCUCGAACACGGAUUUGUACGUAAGUAGCAACAGCACCAGUGGCAGCACCAACGGGCCGACGAUCAACCGAUAUCCGGCGAUCAUCUCCUGA